GCGUGCUUCAAGUGAAGGACUUUGCAGACCACGAGAUGUCCCACAUGCACAAAGAGUCCUUGGAAUUGGCAUCUGCCCCGCCUGUGGCCUCAACCUCGUCCUCCUGUGGGCCCUCGACCUCCCCAGAGUCCUCGUGCCCAACUGCGGCUUUGAUCCGGCUGUCGAUUGAGGAGUUCAGCCGCAAAGCAGAACUGGCAUCACGAAGUGAUCCCAUGAACUUUCCGCCGGCACUUUGCGACCGACAGAAGCACGGCAAGAUGAUCCAAGCCAUUGCCCUCGUCUUGCCACCUGGCAGGCUGUUGAGGUUUAACGAGGACAGAGAGCUGCUGGAAAAGAAGAAG